GGCUAAUGACGUGACCUUCUUUGUCAUAAAUUUAAUAACAGUAACAGACAGUUAGCCAUAUCUUGACCCGCAACAAUAGUUAUAGCUAAUAAUUUGAAUAUUCAUAAUUGUGGCUAUAAUUCCCCGCUUCAUAAUAGUUGUGGCUAAUAUAUUGUAUUUACCCAUCAAAUUUUUCAAAAUGACUUAAGUAUGAUUGUUGACGAACUUUGACUUCAUACCCGAGGAUGAGACACAAGAUUCCUUGAAAAAUAACAUAUGAUAAGGUUAGAAAUAUCUUUGUUGAGAAUCUACGAUAAAGAUCACAUUUUUUCCCCGGCAAUUAGUGGUUAUCAUUAAGCACAAACCCUUUGCAAACAAGCAAAGAGUCUCGAAAAUACAAAGGCUAGAAGCCCAAAUCUCUCAAAUAACAAAGCAACUCAUAACAAAGGGAAGAUAGAAAAAGUAUGCCUACAACAGUUGGCAGUAAACUGGAAUCUUCCUAACUUCCUCAUGAAAUGCAGUAUUCCCAGUUCCAUACAAACUUAUCUCCCAACGCAGCUGCUCUACAAAAACAUCAGGGGCACAAUGUUCCUCACCAAAACAACGACGACAUCGCUCCUUCCAAAUGAAGCACAUACACCAGCACCAAAUUGAGCACUCAAUCAGACCAGCUCUCCCUCCCUGCACAACUUUCACAAUCAUACUAUCCAACAUGUUAUGCCAAGUCAAAGGAAGAGUCACUACCUUCUUGAGAAGAAGAACAACAAACGGCCCCCCCACCCCACCAGUAAUCCACAGCGACUGUUCAUCGAAUAAAGUAUCGAGAUCACAGACAGACAUGGCGGCCAUCACUGCGAAGAUGAAGUUGAAGCUGGUGGUGGACAGGAAGAGGAACAUGGUGAUCUUUGCAGAGGCUCAAAAGGACUUCGUGGACCUGCUGUUCUACAUCCUCUCACUCCCUCUAAGCGCCAUGGUGAAGUACCUGGACGCCGCAGGCUCCAGUAGCCUCGCAAAGCUUCAUGGCAGCGUCCAUUCGCUCAAGAUGAAAGGGUACCUAAACCCUCCACACGACAGCUACUGGGACCACCCCAGCAACAUUACCCCUCAGUUGUUUACCUAUGUCCCCAUUCUGCCACGGCUGAUUCCCAGCCAAAAUUUUGGCAGACAGCUCUACAGCUGCAAGGACAAUCACAGGCACGUCAAGUGCGGAAUCGACAAAUGGACUAGAUGUGUUCACUGUUGUGGGGAUAUGAACGAGGUAGUGCAGUUCACCGAAUUGGUCUCGAUGGCGGACUACGUGAAGGAAAAGGUCCAGUACAUGGUAAGCGACGAUCUCACGGUAUCGCCGCUGGAUUACAACUCUGUUCUGACUGCUUUCGAGGGCUUUGAUCGGGCCGAUGUGGUCGAGAAGGAGGUCGAAUUCGGGUCCGAAGAGGCUCUGGCGUUGCUGGAUGCUACCUUGCAUUCCAAGGAACCACUGACUAGCGUUUUCCUGAAACCUGAACCAGCACCUACCCCCUCCCCUGAAAAAGUGAAUAAAUACAAUGGGCCUAUCGAAUGCAGUUUGUUCUUUUGGUUCCUGACUUUGUUCCCUUUGUGAUGUCCUCUGUUUCUUAUUGUUAGUUUGUUCUGUUUCCUGUGUUUUAAUGUUUCUGAUCAAAGUUGUUAAAUCGGUUUAUGCUAGUGUGGCGGUUUAGCAAGUGGAAUGGUUCGACCGGUGGCACAUAUCGGUUCAUGCCGGUCAAUAUUACAAAUAAAAUUAUAAAUCCUCAUAUUUAAACAUGACAUUUAACGUCAAUACCUAAAUAUUUAUACUUGAAUCCAACAAAUAACAUCAAUUUUUAACUUUUAUACUCAUAAAAUAAAUAAUGAAAUAAUUUUUAUCAAUUAAAUUUGCUAAAAUAAGGUCAUUUUACUUAGAGAUUCGUAUAUCGAUCAUACCGGUCAUACCGGUGGUGUCACGCCGGUUUUAUGACCGGUAUUGGUUGAACCUGGUACAAUCGGUGGCACGCCGGCCGGCUUGACAAUCAUGUUUCUGAUUUGUUACCAAGAUCAAUUUAUGCAUCAAAUUUUCGUUUAACACAGUCUGAUUGUGUUUGUUUGGCCUAAAUUCUUUUUAGUUAUGAGAUGUUAAGCUGGCAAAUAGUUCAUACGCGAAUGGUUUUGGGUGGAUUUAAUAGAAAAAGCUCCUUGUAAAUGAUUAAGGGUCUUAAAUUCUGAGUUUGCUUCUGAUUCAUGACAUAGUUGGUAACAAAUGUCCCCCCGUACCUUGUGCAUCGGCCGCCUUUGACAAAGUCCAACCAACGCAAGGUUUAAAAAAUGUUACCUAUCGUUGCCAGCUAAGGCCUAAUUGCUCCCUUUUUGUUCCCUUGCAAUUCCAGCUAAUUAGUUGCCGUCUGUCUAUGUCUAUUGUACCACCGCCUAAGCCACGUGCUGACCCUUCAUCUCGACCGUCCGUUCUCCCUUUCCCUCCUAUAUUAGCUAUCUCUCCCCCUCUACCCUGAAAUAUUCAUUUCAUAUUAAUUAUCAUUAUCUUUUUCUUUCUUCUCCGUCCUCCCGUUUUUCACAGGCAACGCUCUCCAUCCCUUCUCUGCGUUCGCGUCCGCUCCAGAUCUCCCUUCCAUGUCGGUUCCUCUCGGCGCGUGGUUCUUGUCUCCGUGUAGAUCUUGCAUCGAUCUACCCUAUGAUGGUCAUUUCAGCGGCUGAGAUGUUCGUUUCCGACUUCUAUCCUACACGAACAAAGAUCUGUUCUAACUAAAGGUUAUCAUCUCAACUCCUGAAUUCCGUAUUUCUGUUUAUUGAUUCUUCUUUCGGUUUGUUUUCCCCCCUCAGAUCUCGAACAGCAGGGCCUGUGCAGAUCUGGUCAUUUUGUUGCCUAUAAUGGAGACGGCGACGGCAUAGCAGGUGUUUCUGUUGGCGGAUCGAGAUCCAGCCGGUGGCUUUAGGUAAGAUCCGUGGUUGCCGGCGGAGCAGUUGAAGGUUGAAGACCUGUGUGUGUUGUGGGAUGAUGUAUAAGAUAUGGGAGGACGAAGGGCGCUGUGUUUCGGUUGCCUGGUGGUCCUGGUUAAUAUCUUUGUCAUCCGACCUUUGCCAUGACGGGUGCGCUCGCUUGGCAGGUCACCCUAUUGAAUAAAAAAGGAAACCUUUUUGUGUUCAGAGGGAAGUUCGCACGGGGGAUUUUGCCCGGGUUCUUCCCUCUCAUGUCUCGUGUCUUCCUUCUCUCUCUCUCUCGGUCGUCUCUGUUUCGAUAAAAACAACUGUUCAAGCUAUCACUCGCUACAAUUGCCCAGAGGUUGUUCACAAGGCGCGUCAAUCAAUCAGCAUCCCAGUAAGGUUCAUUUCCAUGUCCGAUUAUUUCAGCUCGCACAAGGUACCUCCUAUCCAACCAGGUUACUCCUUUUAUCAUAUGAAUUUCGGCCUGUUUCGCCUUUCUGUUCGGCCAUAGUAUAUGCUACGAUACGUCAGGUGGUAAAUUAUAACGUACUACUGGAACCUAAAAUCAUAUUUAAGUAGUUGAAAUCUCUCGAUCUCAGGCUCUCGCGCUUGGUCGAAUUUAAUCCACCUUUCUCUUCAUUUCGUAACCUCGAGUAGGGUUGUGACCAAGUUUUUGUGAAGGUAGAAGAACAACCUUGUUGUGAUCGUCUCUCUUCGUUUUCCUCGCAUUCUUUUGUCAUGUUUGCACUGAUUGUUGUAGCUAAUACUCUUUACUCCUGUCGAGCUAUUUGCCACAUGUAAUAUGUAGUAGUUCAGAUCACUUGUUUCUAGGAGGGUUACGAAAUCUUCUCUGGCUGGGAAGAUGAACUUGUUGGGGAAGAAGCUCUGAAUAAUCUCAAGGAGACCAUAACCCGGAGGCUUCAUUGAGGUGACCGUGAUUUUGAGUACCAUCUUGUAAUUGCGGUAUUUUUCUGUUACGUUAGUGCGCUGGCAUAUGAUUAUUAUAGUUCAUUCUUGGACAGAUUGAGUGGUUUUGGCAGUACUUUGUAGGCUUGCCGAUGGUUGGCUUCGAGUCCUUGUUAAUGUUACGAAGGCCUCGUUAAUGAUGAUUAGCAAUCAACCUCUUGAGUGAGCAAAGGCGCUGAUAAAUUAUUUGCAAGUUUGGCUUUGUUGCUGCAGUUUGUUUACCGGGUCAUGCUCCGGUUCGGGGGUCAUGCACCGGUUCGGUUAUGACAACAUUGGUAAAUUCUACCGGCGUUUGUGUUCCGCGUCAGUCAAGAAAUAUGAUAGUCACCCGUAUAUAUGAUAUUUUCAAUUUUUGCUCUUCGUUGAUGUCCGGAAUGAAUAUCACUAUGGUGUUCAAACUUGGUGGUGAUGUGGUAAGACCGAGUCAAUUUUUACUAUUUGGUUAAUUUGGCUUGUUAAUUAAGAUUAUUGGUCUGGUAUACUUAUUUAGCUUGUUUGUCUAGGUGACCUGGUUUGGUUUCCAGCAUUCCUAAUAAUCAUAAUCAAUAAAGUAAUUAGUCGUCUAUAUGAUAUAUUUAUUUGGUCGUAAUUAAGUCUAUUCACACAAAACGUAUACCCAUGAAUUUUCAUUUUCUCACUUAAUGAUAAUCUUAAUGAUAAAGUGAUGUCUUAUUGGUUUAUCGGUUAAAUCAAUUUAUCAAAUCGAUUUUGAUUAACUGCAAUUUGGUUUCCUUGAUUGUUGUAUUAGUUUGGCCAUUUUCUAAUAUUAUUAUAUUCAAUGAUUAAUUAUUUAUAGCAUUAAAAUAUAAAAUUUUAUUUGUUAAUAGCAUAAAGGUAAUUAUUGUGAUGGAAUCACAUUUGAACACAGAUUACAACCCUGAUUAAAUAAUACUAAAUAAUGUUUUACCUGUUAAUAAUGCCUAAGUGGGUUUAUUUCAUUUGUGAUAUAGAAAUUGGUCUUACCGGUGUGCUUAGUUCUGGUAAGAAUAUUGCUACUGUUUGAUGUUGCAUUAUAUUCUAGAUGUAAUCUUUACUCGAGUUCUUUAACCUUUAGAAAACACCCAAGAUUGAAGAAUUCAACUAUAAAAAUGUAGCGCAUGGGCAAAGCCUUGUAGAGGUAAAAACAUCAUGUGCAUGAAAAUUGAUGUGGUGGAUAUAACACCGAGGCAGAUUGUUGUUCUUUGUUCGUUGGGUGUCAUUUUUAUUUGCAACAAUUGUCGGCCGAUAUAUUUGUGCGGACGCGGUAUCGCAUCGGCUUGUGAAUAUCUAUCGAUUGAUUUGCUUGCUGCUGCGUGGGUGUAGACGUGUAGUAGACGUCAAAUAGUGGGUCCUCGGUGGCUUGGUCUAUUUGGGAAGAUCUGUAAGCUCAAAAUGGGAGAGCGCUCCAUUCCCUUUGUGGAUAUGUGAGAGGUUGGUGGUUCAAAUCCACUCGGAUCUACUUAGCUUGUCCGGUAGGUUUAACCGCUUCGUCUAGACAGGCCUGGCCGGGCUGGUUUUUAAUUUCUGCCAUGGCUGGCCGUUAAUGCUUGUGGUCUGUUCUUUUGUUAUUGUAGGUUGCAAGUUAUAAGCAUGUGGUGUUGGUUAGAACUUCUCUUUUCUUCUGCUUAAUUAUAAGCAUGUUAUCGCUCAGUUUUUUUAUAUUAUUAUGAUGAUUGUGGCUGUGGGUUAGCUUUGUUUUAAUCUGAACUGACAAAACACAGCAGGUUCUCUUUUAUACUAAGGGCUAAUACCUCUAAAAAUAGCCAUCUUUAGUGAAUGUAUCAUUGAUAUUACUCAACUUUCGACUUGUCAUUUGUACACCGACUUUCUGUUAGUGAUUAACUAGAAAAUACAGUCAACAAUGACAUGCUGUUCAUAUUUUAUUUUACCCCAUAAAAAUAAAAAACACCACCUCUUUCCUUUUUCUCAUCCGCCCCACUUCCUCAUCUCUUUCAUAUGUUCUUCCUUCUUUCCUAAAAAAAACCAUUUGCCCAAUUUCAUUCAUUGCAAACUCUACCCUACUCAUCAUCCCUCUCCACUGUUAGUGUUGUGGUAUAUGAUCCACGAUUGAACCUCUCCCAACAACUCGAGUUAUUGGGACCAACUGGUUUAUGAUCUUCCAACAACUCGAAUUAUUGGGAUCAACUGGUUCUUGACAUGGUAUCAGAGCCUUCUAUGACCGAGAUGUCUUGUGUUCGAUUCUCGGUGACCCCCAUUUGUUAAGCACAUGGUAUUCUUGUCUUCAGACCUAUGCAAACUUCAAGCCCUUGUGAGUGGCUUCCGUUUGAGGGGGCGUGUUAGUGUUGUGGUAUAUGAUCCACGAUUGAACCUCUCCCAACAACUCGAGUUAUUGAGAGAAACUGGUUCUCGACAUGGUAUCAGAGCUGGUUUGACCAAGUGGUCGUGUGUUCGAAUCUUCACGAUCCCCAAUAAAUAUUAACAGUUAAUUAAAGCACAAGUAUGGUAAUCCUGUGCAAACUUCAAGCCCGUGAUGUUGGCUUUCGUUUGAGGAGGCGUGUUAGAGUGUGGUAUAAGAUCCAAUAUAACAUUCUCCCAACAACUCGAGUUAUUGAGACUAACUGGUUUAUGACAUCCACCACUCUAUCGUUCCGACCAUCAAUGUUUCCCUCUCUCUCCUUUGACGAAUAAUCUCUUUCGAUCUAUUUACUUUCAAGACCAUUAUUGUUCUUCAUCUUUUCUAUGAACCAUCUGCUUUAGAGAUCUGGAGGUUGGAUCUGAUUUCGUAGUUGGUGCUGAAGCCGGUGGUUAGGAAGAGGAAUAACAAAGAUCUGGAGGUUGGAUCUGAUUUCGUAGUUGGUGCUGAAGCCGGUGGUUAGGAAGAGGAAUAACAAGGUUAGUGUGAGACCAUCGAGACCGAGCCAAUAUCUGGUGGUGGCUCGAUUGAGAAUUCGUCUUCUUGAUAGUGAAACCGGGAUGGGAAGAAGGCGGAACAAGGAAUUAGGAAGAAGGAAUCUCGUUUUGGAUUCUGAUUAUAAGUAAUUUUAAAAGGUGAAAGGAUCAACAAUCAAAGUAGCUAGGGACUAAUUAAUUAAGCAAGUAUUCAUAAAUUGUUGCCCUUAUCUGUCCAGCUAACUUUGCAAGCAAAUGAUUGACAUCACCUUUACUAAAGGGAUGAUUAAAUAGAAAUAGAUUUGGUCCAUCAGUCAAAUAAUAGAUACCUCCAAACAUGUUAAAUAUAAUCAGAAUCAUAUCAUAACUUUAUCUAUAUUGCACCAAUUUAUGGAAUUGUCGAUCGGAAGAUAUGUAUCCAAUACCAGAACUUUAUCUAUAUUGCACCUUCUGGAGAAAUGCUAACUACGCAUUGGGUGAAAAUAUUGGCUUACUUUCUUAGAAUCCAAGAUUUACCUUCUCAAACCAUGACUAGCUAGCUUGUUGCGGUUACUUAAAUCGUGUUAGUAUUGGGUCUUGUUGGGCGUUGUUCGAGUUGUAGUAGGUACGGAUACUAGGCCGUACUCGACUCUUCUCGUUAGGGUUUUAACCCUAUUACAUCUCUAUAUAAGACUUAGCUACGAAUUAUGUCGUAAGCAAGCCGUCACAAUGUAGUCCCAAAUAAAAUAUCAGUCGUGAGCUCGUUCCGAGCUCACCGUGGAUUAGUCUCGAUCAAUCAAUCGAUCGAGGAUACCACGUAAAAUCGUGUGUUCUGUGUUCUUUCGUUCUUCCGCAUCAUCAAAUUUUUCAUGGUAUCAGAGCCUGGUUUGUCCGUGAGGUCACGUGUUCAAGUCCUCACGACCCCCAAUAUUAACCGUUGUCUUUCAAGCACAUGGUAUGGCGGGCCUGUGCAAACUUCAAGCCCAUGAGUCGGCUUUCGUUUGAGGGGGCGUGUAAGGAAGUGGUUAAGCACCACACACGGACCUGUAUAAGAUCCAACAUAACCUUCUCCCAACAACUCAAGUUAUUGGGACCAACUGGUUUAUGACAUGGUAUCAGAGCUGGUUUGUCCGUGAGGUCACGUGUUCAAAUCCUCACGACCCCCUGCAUAACCUUCUCAAGCAGUAUCACCGGCCAGCCAAGCUUCUUGCCGAACGUCAUCGACCGCAGCACUGUCGCUGCUCAAAUCUGGUUUCGAGGGCGUCGCUAUCCCUAGUCAACUCCCUGAAGAAGACGAAUCAGUCAACCAUGGAAUCGCCGGCAGAUCGUGCUUCCAUCGACGGAAAUACAUCCCGUUCCAUCCU